AUGCUGGCUUUCUGUUGUUCCCAGAUUGUGCCUCUAUUUCUGUUGCUGAAAGGUGUGGAAAAUACCGAUGCUCAGAAAGUCUGUGGGCACCCCAAAGUACAUUCCCUUCGAAUUGUUGGUGGAGAGAAAGCUGAGCAAGGGGAAUGGCCCUGGCAGGUCAGCAUACGAGAAAACAGGCUUCACAUAUGUGGUGGAAGUCUCAUCUCCUCCCAGUGGGUGGUGACAGCUGCUCAUUGCUUUGAAGGGCCACUAGUUCCAUCUAAGUAUCGAGUACACCUGGGGGAGUAUGAACUCCCCAAACCUGCACCCACCAUGGUCUCAUCUGCUGUCAGCCUGAUUGUAGUGCAUCCAUAUUAUGCUGGAGAUGGGCUAAGUGCUGAUAUUGCGUUGGUGAAGCUAGAGGAGCCUGUCACUUUCUCCCGAACCAUCCUGCCUAUCUGCCUAUCCAGAACUGCUGAUCCUGAGCCUUUCCCUGCAGGGAUGAUGUGCUGGGUCACUGGCUGGGGGAACCUCUAUCCAGAUGCCUCUUUCCUCACUCGGACUCUGCAGAAGCUGGAAGUGCCAAUCCUAGAUGUCGAUAAGUGUGAUGCAAUGUACCAUAAUGACUCCAGCAGCUCUGACACAGAUACUGAAGCUGUGCCAAAAGACUACAGGCUAAUCUAUGAUGACAUGAUCUGUGCUGGAUAUCCAGAAGGAAAGAAAGAUUCUUGCCAGGGUGAUUCUGGGGGACCCCUGGCCUGCAAGGUGAAUGGUACAUGGUUCCUGGCUGGAGUUGUGAGCUUUGGAUUGGGUUGUUCUGAACCCAAUCGGCCUGGAGUCUACACAAGAGUCACCUCUUACCUGGACUGGAUUCAGCGCACCAUAGAAAAGAACUCAGCUUCCAGGGGUGGUAUCCCUCUCUCCAAUGGGACUUCUGUUGUGUUUCUCUUGUUUUUAAUCUUUUUCCUGGGCCCUUUCCAUCUGAGUGCUAUUCUUUUAUAACCAGUUGGAAAUGUAAUUGUAACACAAGUACCACACAGCACUUAAUAUAGUAUUACCAUUCAGCUACAAUGCAAAUAUACCUAGUUCCAAAGAGAAAAAUAUAUUUAUUCCUAUUACAUAUAAUAGGAAGCUUCCCAGAGAAUAGACUACGUUAGCCUUUUUUUUUACAUGUGCCAUGAGACUUUCAGACUUUCCAAGUAAAAUGUUCCUGGUCCCAAAAUCAUCUUCUAGGAGUCUCUUCUACCAGCUACCCAACAAUGGACAUGUUCAGACAACAUGGUAACCUCCAUCAUGGUUUACUGUGAAUGUGUGAUCAUGGAUUGUCUGAUUUGUUUUAUAGUUCUCUCAUCUGUUAAUUUCUGCCCCUUGCUAAGCACACAUAGACACAUGCACAUCCAACACCUAAACAGCCUACAGUUUACUUUGGUUUACUUUUCUCUUUAGCAGUAGGUAAAAGUUGGUAGUAGAUGACACAAAAAUGCUAGAACAAACCAGUGUCAGCCAGAUGAGAUUUUUGGGUAGUGGGGAUACCUAAAAGACUUUGCAUAUGACACUGACAGAAGAAAUCUAUUCUAUUUGCAACAAUCAAUUGCUGGCAAGUAUUUGCUGAGAUUUGAAUUACUUUUGGGUUUCCUUUUUUUUUAACCAAGGUUGCAGGGAAGAAGACCUACAGUUAAAGUUUCUUGAGUUACUUUGUUUCAUAAUUUUUUCGGCUCCCCCCCCUUUAUUCCCGUAUUUUUUCCAUUAUCUUAUUAAUGAUAAUUUUGA